UGUUUGCAAGGGACUACUAAUGCAUCACGAGAAUAAGGUUUAAGUCCUUUGCAACCUACAUGAAAGAGCACUCAGGCUCAUUGCAAUUAUUGCCUCCCAACGAAUAGAAAAACAUCGCAGGCUUCCGAAACAGACUAUAUGCACACAGCUGCAUAGUAAAAAAGAUUACUGUAACAGACACGAUCGUAAGAGCAGUAACACUGUAUUUAUUUUAAACACUUGGUGACCAAUUUCAAUAAGUAAAAUUGUUUUGAGUUGAUGGGAGAUUUAAUCUAACAGCCAUAGUUCUUCACUGUUAUUGCUUUGGAAUUCUUCUGCGUUUGACGUGUUGCUUGGCAACCAACAGCGAGCGAAAAACAAAACUUAAAAAAAAAGUUUAAAAGGCGUCUACACGUGAAAGAUAAAAUGUAAAAUCGAUGAUUCCCGGUAACAUAGUGGUUUUGAAACGUUCUCGAAACCGUGUUUUGUUUUGGAGUGAAAGAUACAUUUCGGUCUAAGACAGUGUCUAAGACACGGAUCUUUCCUGAAGCUCUAAGUGGAGGCAAACAUGAAGAAAACAGAACUUCCUACUAUAUGUCACCAGUCACAAAAGGAUUUUUUACAAGCCAGGCAAAUGAUGAUUCCUGCACAUAUAAAAACGAGUUCUCAGCCAUUUCUCCAGCACACAGUAGGCGAGUCAAACAAGUCUGAAUGUGGAACGGUCCAGAGAUGUAAUGAUUGUUAUAAACUCAAUGAAAACAAAAUGAAAGUCAUUUUUGCUGAAACUCUUGGACAUAGUGGAUUUCCAAAAUGCUCUUCUGAAUCUAGUGACAUUCCUAAUGUAAUGACUCAAGGGGCUAACUCAGUUGUCUGCAGAAAUUAUAAGAUGUCUGAGUUCAAUAAAAAUAAGGACAUUUAUGAUGAAAAUUGGAAGUUUCAGCAUCUCUGUAUGCAUGAAGAGAAUCACAAGAUUCAGUGUCUCUAUAUAUAUGAAGAUGAAACUGUGUCUUCAGUGAAGACGAUAAUUGCACCUUCUGUUGGCACAGCUAAAUCAGUAGCAAUGUUUAAGCGUCCAGAACCACCAAAGAGACCUAGAGCCAAUAGAUCAGUUGUUCGACAAGCUAGUCCUGUAGAUAAAAGGUUAACACCUGAAAGAAAAGGACCAGGUUUAGCUAAUGAAAGAAAGCAUAAGACUAGGCACAGAUGGGAAAAUAAAGAAUCAAGCAGUAAAAGUAAGAAAAGUGAAGAAUCAAGUACAUCAGAUUUGGGCUAUAAUGAAGUGUAUGACUAUUCAAAGCUGAAGGCACCAAACAGUGAUCAUGAAAGGAAAACUAGUGGGCCUGCAUCAGGAAAGGAAUUAGAAAUUCCUGAGCACAAAGAAAAGUGUGGCAUUAUUAAUGGGUCUGGUUUGAGGUCUACUCAGGAACUGUUGGAAGAGGCUGAAAACAUCACCAACAUGAACACUGCAAAAAUAAGUGAAACAAAAUUUCAACCAAAAAUGCCCCAAGAAAAUAUAUUCAGUGCAAACUUGCCAGCAAGAGCCACUGCGAGGUCAGUUGAUGAAAUAAUUGCUUCCCUGCGGUCCACAGGUUAUAGUGCUUCUCAGUCUGCCUCAGACCAGAUGAUCAAGGAACUGAUGGAAAAAGUUCUUGGUCAUGACAAGAGUAGCAUGAAUGAGGAAGUUCUACAGUCCAGAAGUGAAAAAAACUUAGAAGUGCCACAGUCUGGAAGUGAAAUGAAAUUAGUGGACAACGAAGCAGUAAAACUAGAACAAACAUCCAGUGUUUUUGAAAAUAAGUCACAAGAAAUGGCCCAAGAAUUUCCCACUGAGCUUCCAGUACAGAAAUCGGAAGAAAUGGCCAGCAUUAAUGAACAAGAUCCCUCAAAGAAUUCAGCAGUAGCAGCAGCAGAAGAAGCUGACAGUCCUCCUACAUCUUCUGUUUCUCCUGAAGUGUGUCAUAACUUUGUAUCUGAGGAAUCUGAAAGCCUGGAAAGUUUCAUGGACAAGGAAGAUAUGCAAAGAAAGUUGUCACUGCCUGCGCAGGUCACAUACUCAGAUAUAAUGUAUGUUAAAGGAGCUGCUGUAAAAAUGACUGAAAUUGUGACAACUGUCCAUCAACAGAAAGAAGAAGAAGAAAGACACAAGCGGUACAUUCCUUUUUCUCUGUUGGCCACAUGGACUCCAAAAGACAAAGAUUAUCACUUUGAAACCAUCCACCACAUCUGUACUGCAACUCCUAGCCAUGUACUGCCUACUGAACUACAUUUUGCCUCCAGAAUGUACUUUACUUCCAACCAUAAAAACACAGCAUGCAGCAAAAUGUACCAUACUGUAGCAGAGUUACUGUGUCAGAAAGAAGUGUUUCAUGAAAAUGUCUCUUCAGAGGAGCACUGUGAAGUCAAUAGGGUCCUUCAUGAAGGAAUUUCUGUGUCAGAAGUAUCUAAAGAAAGUUUGACUGACAGUGUUAAAGUUAUACCACCACACACAUGUGAAAGUUUGGCAGAGUGGCAGAAGAUAGCAGAGUAUUAUGUAGAAGGACCAAGGCUAGAGCUUGUGGGAGAAAGGGCUAACAUAUAUCCAGAUGCUACAAAAAUGUUUUGGACACCAGCACCCCCAAAGUUCGCUGCUCCAGUUUCCCUUGUGCAAGAAACUGUUUUCCCAAAGUAUCAGGCUAUUGUGAAUGAUUAUGAAAUUAAUGUGGAGGAGCCAUACAUUAACAUUCAAUGUGAAAAUGAAGAUAUAGAAGAUGAGAAACAGAAAGAAGAAGACAGAGCUGCUUUGGUUGUUUCUGAUAAGAGAAAAUUAAAUUAUUCUCUUCCUGAAGAGAUUCAAGAAAUUGAAUCUGGAGUGGAAUUUGUCACAGCCUGUGGUUCCCCUGAUACCCAGCCUGUUGCACCUAUGAAAGCACAUAGAAAAUACAAAGUUCCUCAUUCUUUCAAAUUUCUAUACACUCAUCCCAGACCUGACCCAGCAGUUAUAGAGGCUCAGUGUGAUAUUCUGAAUUUAGAUAGAUAA